CAUCUAGGAGUGGUUUAUGAGAGAGACGUGUAAAACUUUUUGGUUUUACUUGUUGCUGCUGGAACCCUCUGGAAACAGGAGGGAGAUUGAAGGUUAAUGCGGUUGUAUCACCUCAGUGAGGAGUCACAUGCCUGGAUACAGAAGUAGAGCUUGAGCCGAUCUAGAAGCGGAUUUACCUUCUUCCUCUAUUUCUGUUUGUUUUUUUCUUACUGGCACUGUGGCGUCUGUUUGUGUCUCUGUGAGGCUGACUUCACCGUGUUUUUCCACGCGGAGCUCCAAAUGUUUUAUUGUUCUCUGACAAAUGAGCAAUCUGAAUGGCUCACACACAGACUCGGGGUCCGAUGGUGUCAGGAGGACGCUCAGGCUGCUGCUGGACCCGAAUUUGAUCUCCUUCACUCCUGAGCUCAAUCCGCUGUGGACGGCUAACAUCUGGGAGCGCAUUUCUGAGACUCUGGGAUGAGAGUGACCAGACAGACAGGCAGAGGAGUAAAAUGUGCAGCUGCAGAGGAUCACCUGCAGGAACUGCUCAUCUAAAAACAAUUUGCAGCUCUGGUAUUAUUUCGAAGAGUAAAUUUACAGAAGCGUGGCAUUGAGUUUUUGCGUGACUUUUUAUUUCGGUUUCUGCUAUAAGGCAGGAUCAAUUCCUCUCGUGGCGUGUUUGCGUUCUGCGAGUAUCCUGUUUGAAGCAGGAAGGAGAAGAAAUUGGCUUGUCUGUCAGUGCUGCACACUGAGCUUUUUCUUUUUAAGUGUCAGAGUUGAGCUCAAACUUCAACCUCAGCUUGAACGUGUAAAUCUUAGUGUCUCUUUACAGUUAUCGUUACUGUUCUCUCUGUUUUUCUGAGACUGUGUUUUGUAUCCAGGACUGUUUAAACUUCCGGGAUGUUUGAGCGUCUGUGAGGAUUUGUUCUGGUCUCGACUCGUGACUCUGUCUCUGGUGUUUCCAUCAGGGCUGACUGGAAUGUUUCUCCAUCUAUAUCUCCAGAUGUUCUGCAGUGCUGCAAUGCAAUUGGUCUGCUGCUAAUCACAUUUCUUUUUUUUUUUUUUCUUUUUUUUUUUUCUUUUUUGCUGGACGUCAGCAACCUUCAUACAUUUACAUAGCUUCACCAAUGGCGUCCUUGUGUGGACAGGGAACUGGUUUCCAUGGUAAUCAGUCCUGUAAUGAUGAGAGUCCAGUUGCAAUCUCCUCCUUUGGCUUACAGUUAGAGCCUGACUGCAUCGAUGGAGGAGGCAAUUAUGACCUAGUGAACAAUGCUGUGAUUUCCACACCUGGGGCACAGAGCAACAAAACCCAAAAUGCGUCUUUAAAGCAAAGCUGGGAGAUGAACUACCAAGAGGCAGCCAUAUACCUGCAGGAAGGAGAGAACAAUGACAAGUUCUUCAGUCACCCUCGGAACCCAAAAGCACUGGCGGCAUACCUGUUCGCCCACAAUCAUCUAUUCUACAUGAUGGAGCUGGUGACGGGUCUGCUGCUGAUGAUGCUGUCGCUGUGUGAAGCUCCCGCCGUCCCCUCGCUGCGCUUGGACGUCUACGUUCAUGCCACUCUGGAGCUGCUGGCUUUGCUUCUGGUGGGAUUUGAGCUCUGCAUGAAACUUCGCUGGCUAGGCUUCCACACGUUUAUACGACACAAGAGGACCAUGGUGAAGGCGUGUGUGCUGCUGCUGCAGUUUGUAGAGGCCAUCGUGGUUCUGAUCAGACAGACGUCUCACAUGCGAGUGACCCGAGCUCUGAGACCGAUUUUUCUGGUGGACUGCAGAUACUGCGGUGCUGUGCGCAGAAACUUGCGUCAGCUCUUCCAGUCACUCCCAUCUUUUAUUGACAUCCUCCUGCUUCUGCUUUUCUUCAUGGUCAUAUUUGCCAUCUUGGGUUUCUGUCUCUUCUCUACAAACACAGCUGACCCUUACUUCAGCUCUUUGGAGAACAGCCUCGUCAGCCUGUUUGUGUUGCUUACCACAGCAAAUUUUCCUGAUGUGAUGAUGCCAGCGUACUCGAAGAACCGCUGGUCCUGCAUGUUCUUCAUCGUCUACCUUUCCAUAGAGCUCUACUUCAUCAUGAACCUGCUCCUCGCCGUUGUGUUCGAUACAUUUAACGACGUGGAGAAGAUGAAGUUUAAGUCUCUGUUGCUUCAUAAACGCUCUGCCAUUGACCACGCCUUUCAGCUGCUGGUUAGCCGGCAGAGGCCGAUGGGAGUGUCUCUGAAACAGUUUGAUGGUUUGAUGCGAUUCUACAGGCCUCGAAUGUCUGCAAGAGACCGUUUUCUCACAUUUAAAGCUCUGAAUACAUCAGGGGCUCCAACGCUUAGCCUGGAAGACUUUUAUAAGUUUUAUGAGGUCAUUGGAUUAAAAUGGAAGCCGCGACGAAGUCGAGAACACUGGUUUGACGACCUUCCUCAUACAGCCUUCCUCAUUUUCAAGGGCAUCCACCUGGUGGUGAAGUCUAAGGCCUUCCAGUACGCCAUGUAUGUGGUGGUGGCCAUUAAUGGUGUGUGGAUCCUUGUGGAGACGUUCAGAAUGAACAGUGGAUACUCUUGGUCUGAAUCCGUUCCCGUGAGUUACAUCGUUUUCCUGACGAUUUACGGUGUGGAAGUGCUGCUGAAAAUAGCAGGUUUGGGGCCGUUGGCUUAUUUCAGCUCUGGCUGGAAUCUGUUUGACUUCUCUGUGACUGUGUUCGCCUUCUUGGGGCUGAUCGCUCUGGCUUUCAAAAUGGAGCCGUUCUACUUCAUUGUAGUUCUUAGACCAUUCCAGUUGCUCCGACUGUUCAAGAUAAAGCUGCGGUACCGCAAUGUGUUGGACACCAUGUUUGAGCUCUUCCCCAGGAUGGCCAGUCUGGGCCUGACUUUAAUCAUCUUUUAUUACUCCUUUGCCAUUGUGGGUAUGGAGUUCUUCGCAGAUGUGGUUUUCCCAAACUGCUGCAACACCAGCACAGUGGCAGAUUCCUACAGACAGAUCAACAAAACAUUUGGCAACAAAACCGUGUUGGAUGAAGGCUAUUAUUAUCUCAACAAUUUUAACGACAUCCUCAGCAGCUUUGUGACGCUGUUUGAGCUGACUGUGGUCAACAACUGGUACAUCACCAUGGAAGGAGUGACGUCUAUGACGAGCCACUGGAGCCGUCUGUACUUCAUGACUUUUUACAUUGUUACGAUGGUUGUGAUGACAAUCAUUGUGGCUUUCAUCCUGGAUGCUUUUGUGUUCCGCAUGAACUACAGUCGCAAGAACCGGGAACCAGUGGAUAAUCCAGAGGAUGAAAAUGGGAUAGUGUUUGAUGUAGAGGUGAGGAGAGAUGAAGCGUUCGCCACCCUGGAGUUGUACAAACAGACGUCCCCGACACUGUCUUCACUCAGCUCUCUGGCUGCCGUCCUGCAAGCUAUGGACAAGAGUGGGCACACAUUUCUGGUUUACUUGGGACGAAGAUCAAGAACAAAGAGUGACCUUAGUAUGAAAAUGUACGAGGAGGAGAUACAGGAGUGGUAUGCAGAGUAUUCAAGGGAAUGUUUGCCUCAAGAAGAUGAAAACCUAAACCUGGAUCUGAACAGUCCCGUCACCAGUCCAGCUCCCUUCCAAGAACAUCAGCUGAACUCGCAGAGCGAACAUCACGGCAUUAACUAAAAACGACUGUAGUGAGAUGGACAUGCACAUCAUCUCAACAGAGGAAAGCUCAGCACCUCCAGUUCCCCAGUUGGCGAGAGAAAAUGACACUGUUUUCUUCCUAGAGCUGGAUUGAAGUGUUGAUGCACUUUGAAGAACCCCCUAAACAAGCUACUACCAUUUCUUUGCGUAUUUAUCGUUUAUAAAUUAAAUCUGAUGCCUUAGUUUAACGGUUUCUCUGACCGGUAUUAACACACAGUACUUAUGUUAUGUACUUUGAUCAAGAGAACACUAAACACUCCUUAAAGGUCAAUCCAACCACUUACCAUGUAAACAGUUUCUCCUAUCUGACUCAGCAGGCUCCAAAUAUUUUGUAUAAGCUCUCAUUCUGUAAUGUACUUGAAAGUAACAGCAGAUUUUAAUAAACUAUUCAAAUAAUGAAACACAUGAA